CAGUUCGCAAAUUCGGCUCGGUUCAGCUCGGGAACCUUAGGCGCCGACUGGCUCAUCAGGGACCACUGCUGUUGUGUGGGUCAAAACCAGUGGCAUUGCUCUGAGAACCGUCCGACGCUCAGCCUCAAGGAGCAUGCCCGUGCUGAACGGGCUAUGGACCGGCGUCAGAGACCAGACUCUGGGGGCCAGGGAGGGGUCCGGGUCAGAGUCCACAUCCCAGUCGGGGUCCGUGCCGGCCUGGGUUUGGCCCCUGGGGGCCCCGGUACCGUGCGGGGGGCUUCCCCUGGAGCUCCCGGCCCUCCUGAAACGCAUACGCACCGUGUGGAGGGCUAGAUUGACCCUCCUGGGCCCCCGUAGGGCAGAGGUUGCCCUCGAGAGAGAGGACGCCUGCUCGUGCCUCACAGGUGAUGGAAGACUGAGAGGGCACACGGUAAUUCUGUCUGAGCGUAGAGGCUCCUACCCGCUCAUAGACCUGCGCUUGUUGAACAACACUGCCCAGCAGGGAGAGACAGGCAGCAGGCGUAAGCUGAAGCGGCUGCUGAGCUUCCAGAGGUACUGCCACGCCUCCCGCCUGCUCACCGGCCUCUCCCCACACACCUCCCUGCACCUGCUGGAUGACGACUACCAUGCACAGGCUGGGCAUAUGCUAUCAAAGGUUGGAACGUGGAACUUUGAUAUUUUCCUGUUCGAUCGACUUACCAAUGGAAACAGCCUGGUCACGCUUAUGUGCCAUCUCUUCAAUGUGUACGGCCUCAUUCAACACUUCCAGUUAGACAUGGUGAAGUUGCACCGAUUCCUGGGUAUGGUGCAAGAAGACUACCAUACCCAGAAUCCCUAUCACAAUGCUGUGCAUGCUGCCGAUGUGACUCAGGCUAUGUACUGCUACCUGAAAGAGCCUAAGUUGGCAGAGCUCCUGACCCCUCUGGACAUGUUCCUGGCUCUGAUGGCGGCCGCAGCUCAUGAUGUGGAUCACCCCGGAGUCAACCAGCCCUUCCUCAUCAAGACCAAACACCACCUCGCCAGCCUCUACCAGAAUACCUCUGUGUUGGAAAGUCAUCACUGGCGCUCGACUGUGGGGAUGUUGAGGGAAUCAGGCCUGCUGUCUCACCUACCACCAGAGGAGACGCAGGACAUUGAACACCAGCUGGGCUCCCUGAUCCUAGCGACGGACAUCAGCCGCCAGAACGAGUUCCUGUCCCGCCUCAAAGCUCACCUGGACCAGCAGGACCUCAACCUGGAGGACAGCCAGCACAGGCACUUCAUACUGCAGAUUGCUCUGAAGUGUGCUGAUGUGUGUAACCCGUGCCGCGUGUGGGAGCUGAGCCGCCAGUGGAGUGAGAGGGUGUGUGAGGAGUUCUACAGGCAAGGUGACCUUGAGCGCAAGUUUGACCUUGAGAUCAGUCCUCUCUGCAAUCAACAGUCUGACUCAGUUCCUGCUAUUCAGAUCGGGUUCAUCUCCUAUAUUGUGGAGCCGCUUUUCGAGGAGUGGAUGCGCUUCACAGAUGCCAGCGAUUUGGCAGAGAGCAUGAUGGGACACCUGCGGAAGAACAAGGCACGCUGGCGCCAACUCAGGCAGGAGCCGCAGCCAGGCUCCCCACUCCAGGAGGAGGCCGAGGGACCAGAGGAUUCUGGGACGCCGUGAACCUCCACUCCAGACGGCCUUAUUUAAAAAGGGGGGGGCACCUUUUUCCAAAACCUCCUUCUUCUGCUCUUCACUGUUUCUGCCCUGUAGCUUCCUGCCAGCUGAAGGCUUUGAGGGGUGUUCAGAGGAGUCAUACGAGCAGGGUAUAGUGCCCCCUGGUGGAUGGAGGACCAAGCCUGAUCGUAGAUUGAGUUUGAAGCAGAGCGAUGAAGCCAAAUAAACCGGAAACCUCAACUUCACCUCUGACUAAUGGAUGUUUGAGGAUUUUCCUUUUUUAUUUCUUAACAAAAAGAAAAACACUUCUAUAGUUUUUAAUGGAUUCUUUCAGGGGGUAGGGGACAUGAAGAGCCAUUCAAACACGUGUUUACCCACGAUGCAACACUGCAUCACUGGAUGCAACUAAAAGGACUUUUUUAAAGGGAAUCAGAAGUGAAGAAGCCAAAAAACAGUCAGCUGGACUGCACAAGAUGAAAGCUACCCCAACACAGGAAGUAACUGAAGAAAUACAAAGUGUACAGAUGAAUAUAACCUUUCUAGAGGAUCUUAUAAACAAAAAUAAAUGACAUUCCUACAUAUUUUACCUUUUUGUACAGCUUGCACUGACAUUAAAUGAUAAUUGAUUUUAACUUUCAAACUCUUUCCAUUGUACAGCCUUUUUAAAGGAAGCUUUGGAGAAGACACAAGACAGAGAGAGAGACAGAGAGAAAGAGAGAGAGACAGAGAGAAAGAAAGAGAGAGAGAGAGAAAGGAUUUUAUGAAAUGAAACAUACAUGUGCCAGGAUUAGCAUUGUGUUACUGUAUAUUGUGUACAUGCAGUGGCUUGGAGAAAUAUUUAGCCCUCUGAGAGUCCUCACCAUUUUCACGCUUAUAAAAGAUCCUUACACUUACUUUCACAAUCGGUGUAUUACUGCAAGCUUUUAUGCAGUCGUAUAUUUACAAAGGCAAUAUAAAUUAUUUGUCUGUUAUCCUUAUAAAAUAGUUAAAUAAAAAUAACUCAGAUAUCCUACCCAGAUAUCCUUUUAUAAGUAUUCAAACCCUUGUACUUUUGGCCAAUUUUUAUCAAUGUGCCACAUGAGGUGUAUAGUCAAACACUAGCAAUGCGUCAAAAAAUACCAUCCCUGUUGUAAAAUACCAUCCCUGUUGUAAAAUACCAUCCCUGUUCUAAGAUAUGGCAGUAGUAAAAUGUCUCCAUGGGGAUAUUUCGUAUCUGCGGCAACUGGGAAACAUUUUUAAUUUGAAGGAAGAUUGAAUGGUAACUAAUUCUACACAUAGCAUAAAAUGGAAUAUCUUUAUUGUCAUUACACAUGCAACAAAAUAGUUUGAAGCCACCAUGCACAAUGUCUUGAAAAACAAUAAACAGGAUUAAGUGAAUAUUCUGCAAUGACUCAAUGAAAUCCCAAAUUUGGGACAUAUUGCAGAAUAAUAUACAAUGAUGGUUCUGUCUCACAUCAAAACCGUUAAAGGUGCUGUGUCAAGAUUACCAGUGCAUUUUUAGUUUAAAACAUAAAUAGGAAUAUCAACAGGAUGUAAAGAAACGACUGUUUUGACGUAAUCUAAAAGAAACACCUACACUCUGUGUUGCACAGAUAUCCACUGAAGCUGGCAUACAAACCAGCUUGCAUCGGCCUGGCUCCCGUGGCUGUGUUCAGGCAUACACCUUCAAGCCUCUUAUGGCAUAACAUGGGUGCUGUAGCCUAUCAAAUAUUAAUAUAAAGAGGUUGAAUAUUUUUGGUUUUGAUUAAUUUAUUAUUUUUUUAAUCAACUUGCACUCUGUGCAUUCAAAAAUGCUGGUCUAGGGGCGGAGCUUAAGAUGAUGACAGACAGAGGAGCACAGUUAGCAGUGCUGUUCAACACAACCAAUAGCAGCGCCAGCAUCAGUUAGUCAACGUCAGUUAGUCAACGUCAGUCAGCAGAACCACAUGGACAUGUAUUCUCUUUGGAAUGGAGUAAGCAACUGUAUUUAAAACCUUUGUUUAUAAUCAGUGUAGUAUCAGCCAGAGUUUAUACACAAUGCAGCUAACACACAGGAAAUUUACUGUAGGCCUACAGCAUAUGUUUAAACCAGGAAAUGGUGAUGAGCUUGAGGGAGGUUGAAAACAUCUGCAAGCCACUGUACAUUUAUGCCCCUGGUUCUUGUGUUUCUUAUGUAUUGCUACCAUCUUUCAAGUCGAGAGACAGAACCAGACAGAAUGACAACUCCAUUUUAAAUACAAAUCUGUCUUUAUAUUAUACACUGCAUUGUUUUUUGACAGGUGAUUACAGUUACAAACUGUAAACUAGCCUUAACAUCAGCAAACAUCUUUUUUUGUCAAGUGGUGUAAAUGAUUCCAUGGUUCUUCUUUUUCUCUUUUGGUCUGAUUAUGUUAACAGGCACUGCCUGACUUUCUACUGCCACCACAAAGUUCAUGUAAUUUUCUUUACUUAAUGGUUCUGUACAGGCACUAUAUGUAAUGUGUCUUCAACACCUAUGUACGCUAUUUUUUAUCACUGACAAUUUUUUAAGCAGGCCAACACUGUACACUGACAUUAUCCAGGUGUUAAUCUUUGUCAACAAGAGUGAAAAUCAGCACUGUUGGUGCGGUUCCAGUGUCAUCGAAGUGUCAAACAGAGAUAAUCUCAAAUUAUUUAAUAAAUCAGGGCAUUUUGCCCCCUUCAGAUCAACUCAUGAGGUUUAGGUCUCUCUGGAAGUUUCAGUUUUAGCUCUUUAGCCCCUGCAUAACUUCCUUUGUUGACGUCCUUAAGGAUUACAUGGUAACAGUUGUCAUAGUGAUCACGACCCGGCAGAGUGCCAUCUUCCAGACAGAUUUGUGUCUGUAGGGCACUGAACUAGAGGAGACUGGAUCAUUGUGGAGGUCCAUGAUCCAGACUUUGAAUGACAGGGUGAAAAACCAUGAAUGUUUUUCCUUUCUUUAAAUCUACCCUAUUUUCAAAGAGGGUUUAUUAUACCCCAUAACUUGAGUGUUUUUCUUGUCAAAUAAGACUUUUAAACAUAAAUUUGCAUAAACUGACCCUAAGCUUCAGUUAAUCUGGCCCUUUGUAUCCAAAUGUCAGUGAUGUUGCCUUUUUUUCUUUUCAAGUUACAGUAAACCCAUGACUACUAUCCAACUGACCAUCAUACACUGUGAUGAAUAAAAAUGUUAUUAAAUUUUA